GGGGCACACUCUGAAAUCCUGAACAAAAGAGAUAGCAUCCUUACGUUAUGUAUAAAUAAAUAUUACAUUUAAUCAUAUUUAUGUGUAUAAGCAUAUUUAUCACAUUUACAUAAGUAGGUUUUUGUAAUUAUGUGUUACAUUUAUAUUACAUAAGUAGGCAAUAUGCCAAUAAUCAAAGUUAUGCCUAAGAAUCUCGUAGUGGGUGAAUAAUCAAGAUGUUUUUUUAAGCUUUAUUUGUCUGACCUUUGAGAAAGAAAAGGGAGAUAAAAUUAACACGAGUAUUAAAAAUAAAAAGUGGCUUGCUUAAGGUCAAUUUUAGCUCGAUCAUAUGAGAAAGUUGUUAAAUGUAGCAUGUACUUUUUCACUUUCAAGAUUCCCAACACCAAGAAAAAUCUCUCAAUAUGUGUCACCCUUGCACCUGCAUUUUUGCUAUUCUUGCCAAAAACGCAUAAUACCACUUGCCCUUUCAUGCACCAAGCACAUUCCAGCUAUUACAGAUUGCCUUACGCCUGUGGUGGUUCUGAAUGCAUCGGCUUACCAUUCCUCUGCCUGCCAGUCAUUUGAUAAAAUGUCACAAAGGUUUCUUGGGUAUUCCCUAGCUUCCGACAUAGGCCAUGUGCAUGAGCUCAUUAGGCUUGUUAGAGAGAAGCCCAGUAUUGUUAAUGCUACAGUAGUACAUGCCAUGGUAAUCAAACUAGGUGCAAUGAGUCAUCUAUCCGCUGUCACGUCCCUGCUUAUGAUAUACUCAAGGGAAAAAAGUUUUAGCUCAUCAUUGGUUCUAUUUCGUGAAGUUCUUCACAAGGAUGUGGUUUUAUGGAAUGCCAUCAUGACUGCUUGCAUUGAGAAUAAUCUCUUUGAUGCUGCUGUGAAUUUAUUUUACGAAAUGUUUGCAGUGGGGAAUGCUUUUGACUCUACUAGUAUUGUUAUACUUCUUUCAGCCUUGUGCAAUAUGAAAGACUUGAGACAAGUUAUGGUAGUCCAUGCUUUGUGUGUGAAAGCAGCAAUGGUGUCAGAUUCCAUUUUAGGCAAUGCUCUUAUUGGUGUCUAUGCAAAAUGUAUUGAUUUGAACUCAUCAGAGAACGUUUUCAGAGAAAUGGGAUUUAAAGAUACGGUUUCAUGGAACUCGAUUAUCAGUGGGUGUUUUUAUAACAAUCAUCCUAAGAAGUCCUUAGUAUAUUUCAAGCAGAUGGUUUCCACUGUAAAGCAAGUAGAUAGUGUGAGCCUUUCUAGUGCUAUUGCGGCAUCUGCUUUUCUGGAGAAUCUUACAUGUGGCCUAGGAAUUCAUGGAUUAGGUGUUAAGCUAUGCUACACAGAGACACAUCAUAUUUCUGUGUCCAACUCUCUCAUUUCAUUCUAUUUUCAAUAUGGAAAUGUUGAUGCUGCAAAAUGUGUCUUUGAGGAGAUGGAGUUUAAAGAUGUGGUUACAUGGAACUCAAUGAUUAAUGGUCUGGCUUUGAAUGGAGAGAUUUUUGAAUCAUUUUGUCUCCUGCAUAAAAUGCAAUUCAUUGGAUCUGUGAAGCCUGACACAACAACUCUGGUGUCCAUUAUUUCACUGACUGCAAAGUUCAUGUUACUUAGAGAAGGAAAAGCAUUUCAUGGUUACAUCCUUCGAAGAGGGAUGGAAUAUAAUAUACCAUUGAUGAACUCUCUUGUAAAUAUGUAUUUAAAUGGAGGUAAUGUUAAGAAAGCUGAAAACAUACUUAUAAAUAUGCCAAAUAAGGAUUUAAUCACAUGGAAUACUAUGAUCUCAGGAUAUUCCCAAAAUGGGCGCAAAACAGAAGCUCAGGCUUUAUUUAAGAAGCUUCUAGCUCAGCAGGUAAGUGUUAGCUUACCAACCCUUCUUGGGAUUCUGUCUUCUUGUGAUUCCCCUGAGUUCCUCCAGUUUGGGAAAUCAAUACAUUGCAUGCAUGUAAAGUUGGGAUUUCAGAAUUACAUUCUAUUGGUAAAUUCUUUGAUGUGUAUGUAUAUCCAUUGUACAAAUUUAUUGACAUCUUUCAAAUUGCUAGAAGAAAUUUCAAUGAUUGCGGAUGUUGAUAGUUGGAAUACUAUAAUAUCUGGAUGCAUGCAGAACCAGCACUUCAGAAUGGCUUUAGAGGCAUUCAAUUUGAUGAGACAAACAUCACUUGUCAGCCAUGAUUCAAUUACUCUUGUGAAUGUCAUAUCAGCAUGUGGAUGUCUUGAAUUGGCUCAUGAGGGGAAACUGAUUCAUGGUCUAGCUCUUAAGACCUCAACGGGUAAAGAUGUCCGUGUGCAAAAUGUCUUAAUUACUAUGUACGCAAGGUUCUCAGACAGCGUGAGCGCAAGCUUGGUAUUUAAACUUGGUCAUGACCGUAAUUUGUGCACAUGGAAUUGCAUGAUUUCUGCUUUAGCACAGAAUAGUAAUGCUACGGAAGCAAUAAAACUAUUCCGUACUUUAGAAUUUGAACCAGAUGAGAUUAGUCUUGCAACCAUUCUCUCAAUCUGCACCCAACUUGGAGUAAUCAGGCAAGGAAAACAGAUCCACGGGCAUGCCAUCAGGUUUGGGUUCGUUAAAAAUUCUAUUAUUUCUUCCGCUCUUGUCGAUAUGUAUAGCAGUUGUGGCAGGCUAGACAUUGCUCUUUUAGUAUUUCAAAAAUCCCCUGUGAAAUCUGUCGAGGCUUGGAAUUCUAUGAUUUCCGCAUACGGGUUACACAGCAAUGGUCAGAAAGCAAUUGAAGUGUUCAAUGGGCUCAUCAAGUGUGGAAUAAGCCCCACGAAAGCCACAUUUGUUAACCUGCUAACAGCUUGCAGCCAUUCAGGUCUUGUUGACCAAGGCUGCUGGUACUAUGACCAUAUGCUACCCAGUUUUGGAGUCCAGCCCAUAACAGAUCAUCAUGUCUGCAUUGUUGAUAUGCUAGGACGAUCAGGAAAGCUACACGAGGCUUAUGAUUUUGUCAAGGACAUGCCAACCCAACCCGAAUCAGGUGUUUGGGGGUCUCUUUUAAGCGCUUGCAACUAUCAUGGAAAUCUCAAGCUGGGGAAAAAGGUGGCGACUAUUCUCUUUUCUCUAAAACCAGAGAAUGUAGGUUACUAUGUGUCCUUAGCAAAUAUAUAUGUAGCUACUGGAAGCUGGAAAGAAGCUAUGGCAUUGAGAGAUGUGAUUGAUAAUAAAAAACUGGUGAAAACUGCUGGUUACAGUUUUAUUGAUGUAGGACUGGGAUAGGAUGCUAAGUCGUUAUUUGGUUCAUGGAUCUAAUUCAGCUAAGUCUUACCUCUGCUCAUAUUACAUCUCUUUGGGCAUUUCAUAUUAACCUGACCCCAAUAGUGGGUGAAUGCCUACGUCUCCAAUAUCUCCCAGGACUAGUUAUUUGAGACUGCAAUGCUGGAGGCUAGCCCAAUCCCAUGCUCGAGAUGAAUAUAGGGGACUUUCUCAUGCCAAAGCCAUGAAGAGGGGCGGCACUUGCAAAUCCAUCUAGUACCUUAACUCUGAUACAGUACAACAUUCUCAAUUGCUUAUGCAGAUUUAAAGGAUCAGGAGUUGAGAAAACUUGAGAACUCAUCAUGCUUGGACCCCUCCUUGUCAAUGCAAGCACAAGCAUGAUAAGGAGGUGGAUCAAGUUCAGAGAAUACUGCCUAAAGACAUAUGGUUAAGUUUUGAUUUUGACGACUCACAUCCGGACUUACCAGCUUUAUACCUUCGAGGUGGAUCAAUAAUUCCUGUAGGUCCUCCAUCCAUAUCUACAUGUUGGUAAAGCUGAAGGUUCUCUCUAUGAAGAUGAUGGAGAUGGAUAUGAGUAUACCAAUGGUGAGUACCUGUUGACAACAUACAAUGCUGAACUUUCUUCUUCAGUUGUUACCUUGAGGGUGGCCAAUACUGAAGGAUUGUGGAAAAGGCCAAACUGCUGCUUACAUGUAAAUCUAUUGCUUAGUGAAGGUGCUAAUCUUGAGUCAUUGGCACUGACAGAGAUACUGUGCAAAUAACAAUGCCAUCAGAGAAUGAGGUCUCAAGUUUGGUAAUAGCAAGUGAAAAAAAGUACAAGAUUAAAAUGGAAAUGGUGAGACAUAUACCAGAUGUCAGUGGUAUCUCUCAGAAAAAGGGAGCUGAACUUUCACUAGCACUGGAUGUGUUAAAACUUGAAAGGUGGGGAUCAGGAGUUGAAAGUGGUUUCAUGGAUUGGUGGCAGAAUAAUAUCCUUGGAGCAUCUUCCUACUGGAACUCAGUGGCUUCACAGCCAAGUAAAUAUAAACAGGUAUGAAAAAUAUAGUGGCCUUGAGUACAGAUCUGCUGGAUGCACACAAGAGUAUUAUGUCAUUGAGUGAGUUUUAAAGCCUUAUUGGAAAUUUAAAAUUAUUUCUUUUGGGGGGAAAUGUGAAGUACUCAUUCCUUGUUUUCCAUUUAGGCAUUUACUAGGAAUGUUUUUUGCCUAAAUUAAAUUAACUUGUGGAAAAUCUUUUGUUAGACGGUUUCACGUGAGAGACGUUAAAAUUCUAUUAUUGGGGGAGGGGUAAAAUUAUAGUAACUAUUAGGUUUAUUUUUAUAUAUUAAGUAUAUUAACUAUGCGCUAGUCUCUAGGAAAAAAAGUCAAGUGGUAAGUUGCAAGUACUAUCAAUAAAACGUAGCUUCUGGGUUUGUUAAAAAAUGAUCAAAUUAAGUUCAAAAGUAGUACUAUAAAACAAAAAAAUGUGUCAAGGAGAAUACUUUACAUGAGUCCAUUUAAGGCUCUCCGUAUUUAUAUUUCAAAAACACUGGGUUUUAAAUUCAUCAUCAUCUACUAAGAAUAUGAGAUCCUUUAUAGAAAGGAUCAAGAGCAUGCAGGAGAAGUCAAAAUAUUGUGCAUUACAAGGGGAGAUAUUGGUGGCGGCUUAGUCAUUGUGCGAUUUAUAUCUAUGCUAAAGAACAACCCUAAGGUUUUCAAGAUCGACUCUAGCAUUGUUUAGUAAUGUGGGAACUGGUUCUGGAGGAUUUUCUAGGUUUGUACUUGUUCAUGAAUCACAUUCCAUGAAUUGCAGACCUAAACAAAUCAUUGCUUCUUACUCCCUCUGCCCCUGCAGAAGUUAUUUUCACUCUUCUUUUAAGGAAAAUAUUUUCUAGUUGAUACAACUUCUUUCUCUCCACACAAAUAGCAAAGACACAGUUUUCACCUUCAUUAAAACUGUACCCAGUCAAAAGAUGAGUUAAAUAAGAGAUGGAGCCAUGGAGGGAAUAUGAUUUUGCAUGGGAACACACUACUCAUUCUGGCAGUUGACUGCAGGCUGGUCUGCUUGCAUAUACAUCCAAUAUUUACACUGCUUCACUCAACCGUCUUAUGUGUCCUUUACAUCUGCUAAUGUUUCCAAUCAUGGGAUUUGGCCAGAACCUGGUGAGCAGCAAAUCAUGGAAGGGGAUCUUCUCCCAAACGGAGAAUGGAUGCUUGUUGACAAAUGCCUUGGCCUAGCUUUGGUGAACCGGUUCAGCAAUCAGCAUUGACCAAGUAUAGAAGUGCUGAAGUGCAUUGGGGCUGUGGGACAGUUGGUUUAGAGCUGUGGUCAGAAGACAGAUACCUCAAAGCGAUAGGCAUUCUCUUAGCCCAAUCGGAAGGAUCUCAUAUUAUAAUUAUCCAAAGUCAUUUUUGGAGGAGAAACCCUUCUAGUUUACCUACUACAGUACCCUCAUGAAUAUGAUCUCCACCGGAUAGCCGUUGUUCCUUUUUUGCGGAGGCGGGGUGGGCUUGUAGCUCAGAGGAUUAGAGCACGUGGCUACGAACCACGGGUUUCUAAGGAGUAGCCUCUUAAGAUUUCGCAUGAGUACGAGGUGAUGAAGCUACCAUAACUUAUAAAUCCAGAUGCUGUACUGGUGAUAUUUAAGACUUGAUGUAUGUUGCAACUUUCUCACAGAAAACUCCCUAGAACCCAAUUGAACCUUCAGAUUGUGGUCAAU